UGGACAUGUCUCGCUGUAUGUAACGCAUCCAUGUAAAGUAAUUUUAGCCGCUGGCAUCAGUCCUCCAUCUCUUUGCCAGCUGUCUUCGUCACCCGCUCCUCGUACUGUUUGUUCCUUCGCGGACUCCGUACGUCAUUGUUGACAACAAUCAUGGCGUCCUCAAUGUCACUUCUCGGCUUGGGGCGUUUAUCUGCGGUCAAUGCAGUUUAUAAAUUGGUCUUAAAUCCUAUCAGGUCUACAAGCACGUCGACAUCGAGGCUGGCAGGGAAACCAGGACAAGACACGCAACUUAUUACCGUUGAUGAGAAAUUGGACAUCACCAGUCUGACAGGAGUCCCAGAGGAGCACAUCAAAACACGCAAGGUCCACAUCUUUGUUCCCACCAAAACGGCCAUGCAGUCAGGAGUCAACGGCACCAAAAAGUGGAAGAUGGACUUUGACACCAGAGAGCGCUGGGAGAACCCGCUGAUGGGCUGGGCCUCAACGGCGGAUCCCUUAUCCAACAUGAUGCUCUCCUUCUCCUCCAAGGAAGAUGCCAUUGCUUUCGCUGAGAAAAAUGGUUGGAGCUACGAUAUAACAGAGAAGAGGAGCGCAAAGCCCCGGGUGAAAUCCUACGGAGCAAACUUCUCCUGGGACAAAAGGACCAGGAGGUCUGCUAAGUAAACUAAAGACACCCAUCUGUUAUUUGGCUUUACCUCAGUUUGUCCAACAGCAGAUCUGUAUCAUUAUUGUCAAUAAAUUCAUAAUUAUAUACGUGUAAACCAAA